AUGUUGUGUUAUCGUUGGUUGAUCAGAAAAAUGUUUGCGGUGCUCUCGCUGUUAAUACUAUUUUGGAUUGUUUAUAUAAUUUACACGUAUAAUACUAAAAUGAACCUUAUAAGAGCAAGCCGGAAGGACAUAACCCAUUUGAAUCACAAAAACAUGAAGUAUAUACUUCAAUGGACUCGCAGGUUCAGUGCACCGUUUGAUUGGAUGGGAGAAGGUAACUCAGCCUUUGUUAAAUACAAAUGCAAAUACACAAAUUGUUACGUGACAGAUGAUAGAAGUUAUUUUCUUGAUCAAAGGGAAAUUGCCUUUAACGGAAGGGAUGUCAUACACCUUUGGCCUUUCCAAAUGCCAUCUCAGAGAUCACCGAGACAAAAAUUCAUAUUCGGUGCAAUGGAAUCCCCGGACAAUUUUCCGGCGUGUCAUGAAAAUUUAGACGGAUUCUUUAAUUGGACGUGGACCUAUAAAUUGGAUUCAGAUAUACGAUGGGGUUACCUAGCUAUCUAUGAUAAAAAUGGCCAGCUCGUUGGUCCUAAAGUAGAUAUGGUAUGGCCGAAUAUGACACCAGUCAGCGAGGGCUUAAAGGCACAAUUGAAAAAGAAGACCAAAGCGGUUGCGUGGUUUGUGUCUCACUGUUCAACGAAAAGUGGUAGAGAACAUUAUGUUUCGAGGCUGAAUAAUGAGCUAAAAGCAUUUGGCUUAUCUGUGGAUAUUUAUGGGAGCUGUGGUAGCUUAACUUGCCCAAGAAACAACGAGAAAUCUUGCUUCAAAAUGAUUAAAGAUGAUUACCAUUUCUAUCUAUCUUUUGAAAAUUCGUUCUCAGAAGAUUAUGUAACUGAAAAAUUGUUAACAGCCUUAAACAAUUAUGCCGUUCCUAUUGUUUUUGGAGCUGCUCUUUACACGAGAUUUCUACCGGAUGGCAGUUACAUUGACGCAAAAGCCUUAGGCCCAACAGCACUUGCAACCGAGAUAAAUAGCAUACUUGAAAACAAGACGAAGUUUUACGAUUUCUUUCGAUGGCGCAACCAUUUCGUAUACAAAGGUACUGAUGGACCAGAUGAUAACUGUUUUUAG